AUGCCGCCGGAUAAAACCCCCGUUGACGAUCGCGAAUCGGCCCCGGACCUGGAGAUUGUCGGAGACCAGGUUACCUUUCAUCCUACUGGAUUUACCGGCGGACCAGAGCAACAGGAUGGGUCGAUCACGGAGCGCAACCUGGUGCGUCACAUGGCGCGCUUUCGACAGAACCCGUUUGACUUCCUGCGCGAAGUGAGUUUACAUAUGUCAGGUACCGGGUGGAGAGCGUACGACGAUGUCAUCGGACAACCUAUAUUCUACUCCGGAUUUUCGGAGAACAUCAAGUCGCAUAUUCUCGGCAGUCCCCUUUUGCAGGACAAGGUCAAUGAAUUGGCGGAGACACGGUUGACUGUUGAGGAAAAGGAGGGACUAUUGGCGAUCAAGACCGGUACCUUGCAGCAGAAGAGGACACAACGGAGGAGCGAAUUGAAACAGAGCCUAGAAGAUGUGGUGGGUUCCAUGAUGGACAAUAUGAUUUGCAAGAUGGAGAGCAAGAGGUUUAUUCGGGGGGCAUACUACUUAUGUACCCAACUGUUAACGCGGGCGUAUCAUCAAGGUAUCCACGUAUCCAGCGAAGAAGUCCUUCGUUUGAGAUCUGUCGCAGAGGAAGCUGCCAAAAAGAAGCAAUCCAUUGUCUUUUUACCGUGUCACAAGUCCCACGUCGAUUAUGUGUCCCUGCAGCUUAUCUGUUAUCGUUUGGGAAUUGGUCUACCUGUUGUCGUGGCGGGCGAUAAUUUGAACAUCCCGUUGUUAGGACCGUUCCUACAGCAUGCGGGUGCCAUGUGGAUUCGUCGAAGCUUCGGAAAUGAUCCGUUGUACCAUACUGUCGUGCAAGCAUAUAUUGAUACGCUUCUGCAGCAAGGCUUCAACUUUGAAUGCUUCAUCGAAGGCGGGCGCUCGAGAACCGGCAAACUUCUAUCACCCAAGUUCGGAAUUCUGAAUUUCAUCGUGGACAGUGUGCUAUCUGGACGUGUGGAGGAUACCAUUAUCUGUCCUGUUAGCACACAGUACGACAAGGUUAUCGAAACUGAAUCGUAUAUCAGUGAGCUUCUCGGCCAGCCCAAGCGAAAAGAAAACCUUGCAGACCUCCUCUCUUCGUCUUCCGUGCUAUCUUUGCGUCUGGGUCGUGUUGAUGUUCGCUUCCAGCAACCAUGGAGUCUACGAGAAUUCAUCACACAGCAGAUGUCCAGAAUGCCACGUCAACUUGGGUCCAACAGUCAGGCACUUAGUUACACCGAGCGAGGACGAAUCCUGAGAACAUUGGGAUAUAGAGUGCUAUCAGACAUCAACAACGUGUCUGUGAUGAUGCCAACUGCUUUGGUCGGGACAGUCCUCCUGACACUUCGCGGGCGCGGUGUUGGCAAGGGCGAAGUGGUGCGCCGACUGAAUUGGCUCUGUGAACAUGUCCGAAUGAAAGGAGGCCGCGUGGCGCACUUCUACAAACUGCCCACGGAGACGGUCGUCGAUCGCGCGCUCGAAGUCCUGGGGCCGCAGCUUGUUGGCGUAGUGCCUGGCCUGGUGGAGCCGACCUACUACGCUGUGGAUCGGUUCCAGCUUUCCUUCUAUCGUAACAUGACGAUCCACCUGUUCAUCACCGAAGCAUUAGUAUCAGCUGCAAUGUACACGCGGAUCAAGCAGGGUGGUGGACCAGCCAAUCAGCGCAUCCCUUACGACGAACUAUCGAGCCAGGUUACUUUCCUUUCGCAGUUGUUCCGUGGCGAAUUCAUCUUCCCUCCGGAGGGUUUCACAACGAACUUGGAAAGGACACUGGCUGGGCUCGAGAAGGAUGAUGUGAUCCAGAUCACCCGCGAUGCAUCUGGAGCCCCGCUCUUUGUCGAGCUGAGUGCAUCUGAGAGGCAAUGUGGACGGGAGAACUACGACUUUUACUGCUUCCUUAUCUGGCCAUUCAUCGAGGCAUCAUGGUUGGGCGCUGUUUCUCUCCUUGGCCUCACUCCGCCAUCGGAAAGCCAGAAAGAUCUCUGGUUUGAUCUGAAGAAGACGCAGGAUAGCGCGCAAGUUCUUGGUAAAACUCUAUAUCACCAAGGUGACCUCUCGUACUUCGAAGCGGUUAACAAAGAAGCGCUCAAGAACGCGUACCAGCGAUUCGCAGAAGAAGGCAUCAUCCUAGUAGCCAAGAGCAAGGAAUCCCGCAAAGCGCCUAUGAUGAAGCUGGCACCUGAAUGGACGCCUGAGCGGGAUCCGGCUACUGGCAGACUACUUGGUCGCGGACGGCUCUGGGACUUUACUGAGAUGAUUGCGAAGUCCCGUCGCGAAGGCAAAAACCGUCGAGACGGUGCUACAGUAUCAUCACGGGUCAUGGCGAUGUCGGAAGUCGUUGGACGUCAAUUAUUUGAAAAAGCGACUGGCCCGAAUCCAGCCGAAGACAGUGAUGUGUCAACGCGCCAGAUGCGUCGGAAAGACAUCACAACCGGAGCGAAGCUGUAA